AUGGAUAACUUCGAUGAAGACUUAGUAUUUUCUGAUAAUGAGACGAAGUUUGAAGAUAAUGAGAUUCAUGUAAGGAAGCAGAAUAGAAAGGGAAGGAAGUGGCUGACAACUGUAGAAAACAUUCCAGACUCAUUUGAUAUCACAAAGCUAAUGACUGCCCUUAAGAAGGAACUUUGCUGCAAUGGGACAAUUGUCACAGAUGCAUCCGGGAAGAGAGUUAUGCAGAUGCAAGGGGACCAUGGGAAGAAAAUCCAAGAAAAAUUGCAAGAAAUAUUCCCUGCUUAUAAGAUACUUUUCUUUGGGAAUUAG